AUGUUGGUCAUGGCAUAUAGCCAGUCGUACGGCAUCCCGUGCAUCACAACGCGCGGAAACAAUGUCUUCGGUCCAAACCAGUUCCCGGAGAAGAUGAUUCCCAAGUUCAUGCUGCUCGCCAUGCAAGGCAAGCCUCUGCCCAUUCACGGCGAUGGAUCCAACGUGCGGAGCUAUCUGUACUGCGAGGACGUUGCUGAGGCCUUCGAUGUCGUCCUGCACAAGGGAGCCGUGGGUCAAGUGUACAACAUCGGGACUUUGAGGGAAAGGCGAGUUAUUGAUGUGGCUCACGACAUUUGCAAGAUGCUUAACCUUGACCCCGAGAAGUACAUUGAAUUCGUCGAGAACCGGCCUUUCAAUGACUUCCGGUACUUUCUUAACGACGAAAAGCUCAAAGCGCUCGGCUGGGAUGAGCGGACUUCUUGGGAAGACGGUUUGAGGAAGACGUUUGAUUGGUACAAACAGAAUCUCGACUACUGGGGUGAUGUGUCGGGGGCUUUGCUUCCUCAUCCUCGCAUGCUCUCGUCGUACAGCAUGGAGAAACCGAUGCCCCCUGCGGACCAGUUCAAGGAGAUUCCUUCGCCGUCGGUGGUGAAGGGCAAGCCACCUCUGAAGUUUUUGAUUUAUGGUCGAACUGGCUGGAUCGGCGGGUUGCUGGGCAAGCUUUGUGACGAGAGGGGCAUCGCGUACGAAUAUGGUACUGGCAGGCUGGAGGAUCGACGCUCUAUUGAGGAGGAUAUUCUGCGGAUUCAGCCCACCCACAUCUUCAAUGCUGCUGGUGUCACUGGCCGGCCCAAUGUGGAUUGGUGCGAGUCGCACCAGGUUGAAACCCUCCGAGCCAACGUCAUCGGUGUACUCACGCUAUGCGAUGUUGCAAGGAACCAUGAUUUGCUGGUAAUGAACUACGCAACUGGUUGCAUCUUUGAAUACGAUGACAAGCACACUCUUGGCUCAGGGGUUGGGUUCACAGAAGAGGAAAGCGCCAACUUCUUUGGUUCUUACUACUCCAAAACCAAGGGAAUGGUUGAGGAGAUGCUCAAGGCCUAUGACAACGUCUGUGUGCUUAGAGUUCGCAUGCCGAUCUCAUCCGACCUGUCUAACCCGCGAAACUUCAUCACCAAGAUCUCCCGCUAUCAGAAGGUUGUGGACAUCCCGAACUCCAUGACAGUUCUGGACGAGCUGCUGCCCAUUUCCAUCGAGAUGGCGAAGAGGGGUCUUCAUGGUAUCUACAACUUCACCAACCCUGGAGUCAUUAGCCACAAUCAGAUCCUUGAGCUGUACCGGGAUUACAUCGACCCCAACUUCAAGUGGCAAAACUUCACCCUGGAGGAGCAGGCAAAGGUGAUUGUUGCUGCACGGAGCAACAACGAGCUGGAUGCCUCGAAGCUGAAGGCAGAGUUCCCAGAGAUGCUUGACAUUAGGUCCUCCAUCAUCAAAUACGUUUUUGAGCCUAAGAAGAAAGUAUGA